UCUCUCUUGGGCUCCAUCUAUAAAAGACUCUGAGUAGUUCUCACCCCUUCGCCUUCUCGUUGCCUUCUUCCCUCCACAUCCCUAGAUCAUACACACAAUAAGCCGCGGUGGGCGCCCGCUUGCUUCCUCUUGUUGUAGUAGUUACAACAUCCCGUAUACAGCAUCGUGCCCCCAGCAUCCCUAUAUCUCUGCAUAGCGAUACCGGCAACCAUGGCGCAGCCCGCCUUCAGUACGCCUGUGGCGUCGGUGCCGACCGGCCACGAUCAUCUCGGCGCCCCCGGAGAAUCCAUGACCGGCAAUCAACAGCAGCUCGCACUCCUGGACAUUCUGUUCCCGGGCUUCUCCAUCCUCUCGUCCGCGGUCCAGCGGUACACGGGGAUGGACCUCAACCUCUACAUCCCCGUGAUGAUGCUCGUGGGCGGAUCCCUCUUCGCGUGGCAGUACCUUAGCGAAUACUCAUACCGGAAGCUGGACUCCUACUUCAUGUCCAAGUGCUCGCUCCGCACCGACGACGAGGCUUACAACUACGUCAUGGCCUGGAUUGCAAAGCAAAAGUUCUCGCUCAGGAGCCGCCGCUUCAUCGCCAACACCAACACCGAUUCGAGAUCCUGGUUUACGUGGAAGUGGAGGGACGACGAGGACGAGGAGAACGAGUACGAAGGGGACGAGGCCACUAGGAAGCCGCUGUCUUAUACUCCCGAUUUUGGCUCGCACUACUUCUUCUACCGGGGCCGGCUCCUCACCUUCCACCGCUCCCAGAACAGGGAGCAGUUCGGCAUCUCGCGCGACAAGGAGGAGAUCUCCAUCUCGUGCUUCGGCCGCAACCCGGCCGUGCUCAAGGAGCUCCUGAUCGAGGCGCGCGACCUGUACCUCAAGCGGGACGAGCAGAAGACGAGCAUCUACCGGGGGACCACCAAGGGCGCGUCGGCCGAGCCGAGCUGGCAGCGAUGCAUGGCGCGCACUUCGCGGCCCUUCUCGACCGUAAUCCUGAACGAGAAGGUCAAGAAGGAUCUGAUCGACGACGUGACCGACUACCUGGACCCGGCCACCAGGCGCUGGUACUCCAACCGGGGCAUCCCUUACCGCCGCGGCUACCUCCUCCACGGGCCUCCGGGGACCGGCAAGUCGUCACUAAGCUUGGCACUGGCCGGCUUCUUCAAAAUGCGCAUCUACAUCGUCAGCCUAAGUUCCAUCACUGCCAAUGAGGAGACGCUGGCGACGCUGUUCACCGAGCUUCCCCGGCGCUGCGUCGUGCUCCUCGAGGACAUCGACUCGGCCGGUCUGACGCACACGCGUGAUGACGCCGGCGCCGCCGUCAUGCCCUCCGCAGCGGGUGCGGGUGGCGGGCCCGACAUGGUCCCGGGCCAGCUUACUCCAGGCAGGCCCAUGCCGGCGCCCAUCGGUGGGCGGCUGUCACUGUCGGGCCUGCUCAACAUCCUGGAUGGCGUGGCGUCGCAGGAGGGGCGGGUGCUCAUCAUGACGACCAACCACAUCGAAAAGCUCGACAAGGCGCUCAUCCGGCCCGGCCGCGUCGACAUGACGGUGCACUUUGGCCGUGCCGACGCCGAGAUGACGGCCGCCAUCUUCCGCGCUAUCUACGCACCGCUCGAGGGCGACGUGGAGGCCCCGUCAACCACCGCCGCCUCUCAGAUCUCGCCCGCACUCUCCAAGGCUUCGGCCGAGGAGCUGGCAGGCGUGCUGGCGGCGGCGGCGCACAAGAAGACGGCAGCGGAGGAGAAGGAGCAGCAGGAGAAGGCGCGGCUCCGGGCCGAGGCGGUCGAGCGCGUAGCGGCGCUAGCCAAGCAGUUCGCGGCCAAGAUCCCCGGGCACGAGUUCAGCCCGGCGGAGCUGCAGGGGUUCCUGAUGAAGAACAAGCGGGACCCGGCCGCGGCGGUCGCCAGCGCCGAGGACUGGGUGGUGGCGACGCGCAAGGAGAAGCAGCAGAAGGAGCUCGAGGAGGCCGAGGAGCGGCGCAAGCAGGCCGAGGCCGAGGCCGAGGAGGCGCGCAAGAAGAAGGAGGAGGACGAGGAGAAGAAGAAGCGCAAGGAGAAGAAGGAGGCCAGGCGCGCCAAGCGCAAGGCGGCCAAGAAGAGCAAGAAGAAGGCGGCCGGCGGCGACGGCUCCGACUCGGACUCGUCGUCCGACUCGUCCGAGGACGAGGAGGAUGGGGAUUCCAAGGGGGACCCGGCGAGCCCCGAGUCGAAGGACUCGGGCUACGAGACAUGAUGUGAUAUGUGCUUCACGUGAUGCUUUCUGUUUCUUUUUAUUUGUAGCGAGGCAGCCGCCGUGGGCACUUACUUUAUGCUUCUAUUCUGUCAGUCUUGUUAGCCUGUUUUUAUGCCGGAGAUUUCUUUUUGGGAGGGGGCAUCUUUCUUAUCCAGAAACGGACAAUAAUCAAAACUAUCUAUUACGCA